AUGGGUGUGCAAGGGCUGAUCGGUCAAGUGGGCGCUUCUUGGGCGGGCGCCCCCGUGGGAUUCGUCGCUCAGCACUGGGGAUGGGGCGCUAUAAGACAUCUAUGGGCUGCCUCUCUUCUUGCCUCUGCCGGCCUCCUCUCCGCCCCGGGGCUCAUUGUUAAGGCGCGUCGAGCGGCAGAGAGGCAUCGGGGGAAGGAGGGUCCGUUGAUAAAACUCUUCAAUUACUACAUCCCUCCCGAGGAGGAGAGGAUGGAAGCAUUGAGAGCGGCCCAAGCAGCCAGGGUUGAGCAAGUGAAAGGAAGUGGGCGGAGAAGGGAGAAGAAGGAGGAUUAGGGGGAGGUGCGACGACGAGAAAGAAAGGGAGGGAAGGGGAGGGGAACCUGGGACAAAAAGG